UUCUAUAUGCCCCCCCCCCCCCCCACACGAUCAAAUGGAGAGUUUACUGAACACUAAAUGGGUAUCCACAGCGGCGAGUAUAUGGAUCCAGUGCACCAGCGGUGCGUCGUACACAUUCGGCAUCUACUCUUCCGUUCUCAAAUCAUCCCAAUCCUACGACCAAUCAACUCUAGACACCGUUUCCGUCUUCAAAGACAUUGGCGCCAACGUCGGCGUCCUCUCUGGCCUCCUCUACUCCACCGUCACCACCAGUAGCCGCCGUAGCGGUGUCAAUAGUAGCCCCUGGGUGGUUCAUGUGGCUGGGGCCAUACAGUGCUUUGUUGGGUAUUUCCUCAUGUGGGCGUCGGUGGUGGGGUUGAUCAGCCGGCCGCCGGUGCCUUUGAUGUGCUUGUUCAUGCUAGUGGCAGCUCACGCGCAAACGUUUUUCAAUACGGCCAACGUGGUAAGCGGUGUCGAAAAUUUUCGGGACUUCGGUGGGACCAUCGUUGGGAUAAUGAAGGGUUUUCUUGGUUUGAGUGGAGCAAUACUAAUUCAAGUGUAUAACGCCUUAUGUCAGGGUGAUCCAACCACUUUCAUUUUGAUCCUUGCCAUCGUACCCACUCUUGUCUCCCUUACCCUUAUGCCUUGUGUCAAAAUAUAUAAAACCACCACAUUUGACGACAAGAAUCACUUGAAUGCCUUCUCUGCCAUCGCAUUGAUUGUUGCUGCUUAUCUUAUGGUCGUUAUAAUAUUGGAAAACAUCUUCUCAUUUCCAGUAUGGGGUCGAACCAUUACUUUCAUAAUUCUACUGGUUUUACUUGCUUCACCUAUUGGAAUUGCAGCCAAAGCUUUAAAGGAAGAAAAAGACCCUUUGGAGGGCUACCACCAGAUACCUGGUGAACCAUACCAAACCACGGUGGGUUCUUCAUCUGGUGUCGAUUUAUUUCGAGACGAUGAAGACGACGAAAAAGACAUGAACCUAUUCCAAGCAAUGGUUACAGUAAACUUUUGGUUGUUGUUCAUUGCUAUGAUAUGUGGGUUGGGUUCAGGUUUAGCCACAAUAAACAACAUUAGUCAAAUAGGCGAAUCUUUAGGCUACACAACAAUGGAGAGAAGUUCAUUGGUUGCUUUAUGGAGCAUAUGGAACUUCCUCGGUCGGUUCGGGGGAGGGUUUAUAUCAGACAUAUUCCUACACAAAGGUUGGGCGAGGCCAUUGUUCAUUGUCAUUACACUUGCAACAUUGACAUUCGGUCACUUGAUUGUGGCUUCAGGUUUCCCUGGGAAUUUAUACAUUGGGUCAAUCGUGGUGGGUAUAUGUUAUGGUUCACAGUGGUCAUUGAUGCCAGCCAUUACUUCUGAGAUAUUUGGGGUUCGACAUAUGGGUACCAUUUUCAACGCCGUUGCCAUUGCUAGCCCUGUUGGAUCUUACGUUUUCUCAGUGAGAAUCAUUGGGUAUCUAUAUGAUAAGGUGGCGGAGGGUGAAGGCAAUUCUUGCUAUGGAACUAAGUGUUUCAUGUUGUCGUUUAUCAUCAUGGCAUCGGUUGCUUUCUUUGGGUUCCUGGUUGCUUUGGCAUUGUUCUUCCGGACAAGGUGGUUUUAUGGUCAGCUCGUGGUUAGAAGAUUAAGGCGUUUAUCAAUAUCUUGAGAAGUAAUCCAUUUUUAUUUAAAUAAAAAAAAGAUUUGAUAUGAGAGUUUGUAAAAAUUAGAACUUGAGUUUUCUCUGGAGAUUUCAUAGGACAAAAGUAGACUAGUUCACUUUCAUUUGUCAGUGCUAUGGUUGGAUUUUGAAAAAAUUUGAAGCUUCACAGUUUGUUCGAAAAAUUCAUUUUAGUUAAAGGUGAAUUACUUGUCUAA